CGCGCAGGCUCACGCGCCCCCUUUGCUCAGCUGCCGCCAAGGUGCUCGGUUCUUCCGAGGAAGCUAAGGCCGCGUUGGGGUGAGGCCCUCACUUCAUCCGGCGACUAGCACCGCGUCCGGCAGCGCCCGCUCCGCGCCCGCCUCACCAUGGCCUCCGUUUCCGAGCUCGCCUGCAUCUACUCGGCCCUCAUCCUGCACGACGACGAGGUGACCGUCACGGAGGAUAAGAUCAAUGCCCUCAUUAAAGCAGCUGGUGUAAACGUGGAACCUUUUUGGCCUGGCUUGUUUGCGAAGGCCCUGGCCAAUGUCAACAUCGGGAGCCUCAUCUGCAACGUAGGGGCAGGUGGACCUGCACCAGCAGCUGGUGCUGCACCUGCUGGAGGUCCAGCCCCCACAGCUGCUGCUGCUCCAGCUGAAGAGAAGAAAGUAGAAGCAAAGAAGGAAGAAUCUGAAGAAUCGGAUGAUGACAUGGGCUUUGGUCUUUUUGACUAAAUCUAUUUUGUAAUGUGUUCAAUAAAAAGCUGAACUCUUUGCUGCUG